AUGUCGUCAUUCUUCCGACAUGGCUUCUCUGGCCAUAGGCCACAAAUAAGCCGCCCCACGGGUACCAAUGCGCCAGUGACAGAAAUCUCACCAACCUUCGCAGCUGCAGGAUGGACGCAAGAAGUUGACCGCACGACUCAACAGCCGAGCAGGCCAGACCCGGUGCCACAGCAGACUUCGCAAGCUCAGCAGGACUCUCCAUCGGCUUCCAGUCCUCGUGUAGUCACGCCUGCAGCGCCACGGGGACCACGCUUCCCGUACUCUCCUCGCUUGCAAACGCUCAUGGGCCGGUCAGGCUCGGCGCAGAACGAUGCUAGCCGAAGUCACAUCAGUUUUGCAGCGCUUCGCCGCAGCGACAGCCAGGACAGCAGCAACGGUGAGGCUCGCGACCGUGUAGCAGAGCUGAGUCCGACUGAAGAAGUCACCAGCCCGGAUGUCGAGAAGGGCUUUGGCCGACGUAUGACCGGGACGACUAGCAUGAGCGGCAAGAGCGAGUUCAGCUUCGUUCAAAAGUCCGAAGGCGUCAGCGUUAGUCACUUGCUGCCCGCUGCCAGUGAGGCUAAGCACAACAAGCAAAACUUUUGGCGAGCUACAUACGGCCUCUGUGUCAUCAUUGGAGGUUGGAGUUUCAUGGUCUUUGCAUGCUAUCUGUUCAAAGGCCUUGCCGUGAAGUACAAUUUGGCUGCAAGCGAUGCCACCGCAGAAUUCAUUCUCCGGCAUCCAACAACCCAAGUUCAGCUUUUCACGGUGGUCGGUGUCUUCAUUUCGGAAGUUUGUUUCAUUUUGUGGGGCUACUCUCUCUCAUACUUUGCGAUCCGUCGCUUAGCUUUCGGCAAGGAACGAACGGAGCUGCUCACCUACGCUGCCCUUGCUGAGUCGAAGCGAGCGGGCUACACUUUGAGCAGGCGCAAACUCGCAUGGCCAACAGCCACGCUGCUCAUUUGGAUUGGGGCCACAUUCUUGGCGCCCGCUUUCGCAACUCUUCUCACGCCAACUUCGAUGAGCCAAUUCAGGGAGGUGAUGUGGCCGGAAGCCAACUUGCUAAACGAAGCAAUGGCUGUGUACGAGAACUUGCUGACACCUGGGGGUACAUUUGAUCUGACCCAUUUGUUCACCUUCGCGAAUGGUUCGAAAGUGCUGGGCGAGCCCAAUGCUCCCAUUUGCGACUCUAGCAUCGCAUACAACACCUACACAUACCAGGCUGGCGAACCUCCGGUCCAACUCAGAGGCUCCGCAGACUCAUGUCCUCAGUUCUCCGACGUUUCAACUUUGAUCUCCGCUGGCAUGGCAAAAUUACAGCGCUUCAGUGGCUUCGACAACCCGGUCUUCAAGAUGAUCAACACCACCUUCGUCGGAGGCACAGGAGGCGUCGUGCCUCUGGGCCCAAACGGAGCAAUGAUCAACUCAGACGCAAGACUAAUUCCAGACUCCGUCGCGCGACCACAAGGCUAUGAGUAUCGGUACACUGUCAAUCAACAAGGUGCAAGUGCAGAAGUGAAGUGCACUGAUAGGCCUGACCAAAACCCUGCAUAUGGUCUAUCUGGCCGCAUUGCGAAUGUCUCGGUGGAGUGGGACGCUUAUCUGGGUAGCGCCAACAUCUCUUACCUGUGCGGCGAGACACCGCAAUACGAUGUUGUGUUCGCAGGCUUGGGAAGCGUCGUGCCCCUGCUCUGCGACGAAUUCAAUCUGGACGCGUACAUGAAUGAUGCGACUGACACGGCUGGGUGGCAAGACCCCGAUUAUUCCACCUUGGUACUGGUCAACAUGGCCAAACAGGCCCAGUUUGGAGCUGGCGUCGCCACGUACUUGAACCGGACCUCUGGUGGUCAAUACCUCACGGCGCCCUCUCAAAACGACCUGAGCUGCACGAUCCGGCCAUACUGGAGCCGUCGCGACGUCACGUACUCGUCCGCCGCCGACUCAUUUACCGUCGAAGAUGGACCUGGUUCAGGCGUGAACUACACUACCGGCAACAACCGCUCGCUUCUCGUGAGGCCUCCCUUGACGAAAGAAGAGAGGAUCGAUGCAAUUCUCAACGGUACAGUCGAAUAUAAGGAGUUGUUGUGGUAUACUCGCCGGUGGCUCAAUCAGGCGGCACGCGAUGCAGCUCAAUCAGUGUUCAGCAAGUCUGACGCCAUCGGCUCACCGGUGGUCACACCUCCGGAUUCUGGGAUCCCCGCAGAGGAGACUUUUGGUCCACCUCCUGGCUACAUCUAUCUGCCCUCCCAGAAUAACGCUAUGAUGCAUAUUUGGACAUUCGACCUCCAGCAAAAACCUCCGGGCGUGGAACAGACCAACAUUGACCUUUCCAUCCCUCAUCUUGAGCAAUUCCUCAUCGGCGUGGCAGAGUAUGCUAUGACAGCCCAAAGACAAUGGUUGACGUACGCGCUUGCCGAUCCAGAUACGCAUAACUUGAACAACAUUGCCGAUAGUACGCUCAAUGGUACGAUCGGUGCAGUUGGGUUAUGGAAUGCAAGCACAGUCGGCUGGGGCAAUGGGCGACAAGGCAACAACGAUUCAUCUACCGUCGUGUAUUGGUCUCUCACACCAAUCCUCGUCUUCGCUGCGCUCUCCUUUGCAUUGGUCGCAUGGAGUCACUACUACGACCGACCCAACGGCACGCCAUACAUCGCAGAGUGCGACCCGAUCGACUUUGUGGAUGCAGUCAUCGCCUCUUCGCAAGGUGGCUUGCAAAACAGCUUCCACCGCGAUGCUCUGCUCAAGGAGGGCGGCUCGCUUCACGGAGCUCGAGCGGUCAAAGUUCGUCUUGGCCAAAUCUACCGCAAAGACGAUCCGGACGGACUUCCAAAGCUUGGUUUUGUCGACGUCAAUUGA